AUGAAGAAAUUUUCACAUUCUAUUAAAAGCAUUUCUAUAUCAAAAUUAUUAAAUUAUCAUCACCACAACAACCAUAAUAAUGAUAAUCAAUGGAUAAAUGGGUACAAUUUUUAUUCUACAUACGCAUCUUCAAAAACAGUUAGAUUAAAAAAAUCUGGUGAUAAAAACGUAAUUUGUGAUUUUAGGAGUGACACAGUAACAACUCCAACACUUGAAAUGUUUAAUAUAAUGAAUAAAGCAUCUGGUGGUGAUGAUAUUUUCAAGGUGGUUAAACACAAAUAUUUGACAGGACAUCAGGCAGCUUUAUUUGCUGUUUCUGGAACAAUGACAAAUCAAAUUGCCAUCAGAACACAUUUAGCUCAACCACCACAUUCAAUACUAUGUGAUGCAAGAUCUCAUUUACACAAUUAUGAAUUAGGCGGUGUUGCAUAUCAUUCACAAGCAACGACCAUUCCCAUCACACCAAAAAAUCAAAUUUAUCUAACAGCAAUUGAUGAUCUGCAACCAAAAAUUAUCAAGGAUGAUGUUUAUGACGUUUUUUCAACUCCUACAAAAUUAAUUUCUUUAGAGAAUACUUUGGAUGGUUUGGUAAUGCCAAUUGAAGAAAUCAUACAAAUUUCUAAACUUUCUAGAAGCACAUCCAUUAAAACGCAUUUGGAUGGUGCAAGGUUAUGGAAUGCAAGUGCUGCAACUGGUAUUCCGAUACAAGACUAUUGUAAAUAUUUUGAUUCCGUUAGUUUAUGUCUGUCCAAAGGUAUUGGUGCACCUAUUGGUUCUGUCUUAGUUGGCAAUCAAAACUUUAUCGAUAGAGCAAGACUUUUUAGAAGAUUGUUUGGUGGAGCUUGGCAUCAAUCAGGAAGUUUGGCAGCAGCAGCAAAAUAUGCAAUAAUGACCAAUUUUCCUAACGCAAUAGUACAUUCACAUGAACUAACCAAUCAAUUAGAAAAAGGAUUGAGACAUUAUGGUAUUACGAUAACUAAACCAGUACAUACAAACAUGAUAUUUAUUGAUACUAAAUCCAUCAACAUUACAAUUAAACAAUUAGCUGAGCCAUUAUUGAAAUAUGGUAUUUUGAUUUCUGAUGAUGGUUUAUACUCUACAAGAUUAGUUUUAAAUUAUCAGAUUACUAAAAAUGCUAUUGAUACAUUUCUAAAGGUUGUCAAUGAUGUAAUAGUUGGCAAAUGA